AUGGAUAGCAAAUGGAAAAGAUACUCGCGGCGACCAUUCUACCUUGCGCGCCCGUUGAAGCUGACGGCGUUCCCACUGAACGUCUACCGAAAGAUCACUCAACACCUCUUCGCACUCUACGAGAAGGAUCUUGCCGUCGGCUAUGACAAGGAUGAAUAUCACGAGGAGUGGUACCAGACUGUCAAGUUUCACCGCUUCGAUCUCUGGAGAGAGAUCCUGAACUUUGCAUACACAUCUGGGUGCUGGUAUGAUGUGGUUGUGACUGAGAUCUACAAGAUGGACGUCAAGCACAACCGCGGCUCGGCUCUCUUGCUCUCGGCGAAGAAAAACAACGUGAGCGGCGUCCGCUAUUCUCUGGACGCAGGUGCCGAUGCCAACCAAGAGGAUUUCACCGAGUUCAGGCUCGAACACCCCCUUGACGACGACUAUUCUUUCGACUACACCAGGAGAUCGAGCAUCCUCAUUCCCGACAUGACCGCCCUCCAUUGGGCUGCCUUGAACCGAAACGAUCACAUCAUGGAGCUGUUGCUGUCUCGCGGAGCCGACGUGACGCUGCGCCCGCGCCUCACCUCAGUGGGCGAGGGCGACGACCAUCUUUGCAUGUCACUUCGGGCGACUUUGGCUCCGUUCUAUUCCCAACUGCAGAAGCUUCCCUACCAUGCCAGAGGGCGCAUGUACAGAAUUCUCCGACUGGGCGCCAACCCUCUCUACUAUGCGUUGGUCAACGUCCAGUGCCCGACAUUGAGCAAGGGAAAGAGCGCCCUCGAAGCCACCACGCUUCUCGUCCGGAAGAAAACCGACCUCAACACGCACCUCGCCGCGCGACUCCACGCCCUCCACCAAGCGUGCGGCGCCAGAGACGUCGAGACAGCGCGGUACCUCCUGAGGUUAUCCAACUCAAACCCCGACGUCCGCGAUGCUUACGACAACACGCCGCUCCACCACGUCGCCGAGUGCCGCAACGGCAGCGAGGAUGAUGCAAGACCAAUCAUUCAACUGCUGAUGCACUAUAAAGCUGACAUUGACGCUACAAACGCCGGCGGCAGAACCCCCCUGCAAGCGUGCUUACACUUCCAUCGCAACAUUGAUGUGGCCGUUCGGUUGCUCGAAGCUGGCGCCACGCCUUUCCCAGGCAUUUACAAUCUUCCUGGAAGAUUCCCCACGGAGGAAAAAGACAGGAUUAAGGAGGCCCUAGUCUCUCAAGGCUGGACGGAGGAGAUGGUUCCUGCGGCGUCUGCCUCUCGGGCAGUCUUGGAAGAGAAAGAGAAGCAGGCGCUUCAACGUUGGAUGUACAAGCUGGUGAUGAAGAACACAGUCGGUGACCACCUGGCUUUCGGUAAGAAGAAGCAGAAUGACCCGGUUGAUUUUGCCUUUGAGAAUCCUUAUUCCUACUAUUAUUCCGACUCCUCUGACUCCGAUACCGAGUCGGAUGAGCUGGAUGAGCUGGACGAGCUGGACGAGCCGGAGGAUUGGGAUUGCUUCUGGGAUACUUGUAUCACAGCAUCCUCGCCGCUCACCCCUCACCGUGACACCGUCAAGAACACCGCAAGUCCUGCCCCGGUCAAGGACGCAACCUCCACGCCUGCCUCCACCAUGGCGUCAGCCGCAGAUGCCGGAGGAGGCGACGGGCACCACAAGAAGGGUGUCGUUGUUGUCGGAAGAAAGGAGGCGUUUGCCUCUCGCGAACGUCACCUCGACCUCCGAACUGCCACCCUUUUGCUGUCCAACAGCAACUCGAUCAACCCCCUCCACGGAACGAGCAUCAAACGAAGGGAGAUGACCGAUAUAACCGACAAGAUCGAGCCUCAGAAGACAGCAGAGUCCAAAGCAUAUCUGCUUCGUGCGCACCGAGCCACAGACGCUCUCAACAGCAUCAUCAUCAUCAAGGAUGAAGUCGCGGCACUGCUCCCCGCAGCCUCCACCAGUCCAGAGGGCAACGCUAGUUCGUUCAUCCUGACUUCGAACCCUCGGUACGAUGAUCACAUGCCGAAGUCCAGGAAGGAAGUUGAAGUCCAAGGACUCCCUUACCCAGCCUUGCAAGUCAGACUGCCUUCGACAAAGACAACGAACGAUUUUCUAGUCAGGGUCAGGAGGCCCUUGGGAGUUCCAACCCUUUGGAAGGACUAUCUCUCUGGAGCUUGGAAAGUCGCCCAUGACGUUGAAAACACCCAGACUCCCAUAGGAGAGCGUGGCGCCCCGGACCAAUUUGGGGAGCACAGCGAGAAUGUGCUGAGUAUUCUCAACCAGUACCACAAGAAGGACAUCGAUAACGACGAGAGAGCCGCCUGGUUGACCAUUCUCACGAACUACGUCUAUCACUUUUCGAUUGACAAGAUCACCUCUCGUGAGCUCGAUGUCAUUUCCUCGGCGAACUUUGGUCAUCUCUGUUCUGCAUUUCCCUUCCGCCAAGGCGGACAGACGAAUCCCGAUGACAUGCUCCAGGAAAGCUUGCUCUCGAUCACGCAGACCACGGUCUUGCAGGAAAUCAUCUCUCGUGCACAUGAUCGCCGAGAUGCUCUGAUGGGCAUCUCCCCUCAGUUCGCGACUGAAGCUGCCAGCUAUUUCAAUGCCUGCAGCGACUGGCAGACGAGCCCCAUCAACAACACGGCAGAUGCCCGCCAAUUCUGGUACAGCCCUUCUGGAAGACUCGAAUUCCACCGGAUCCUGUCAUCGCUGUUGUACUUCAUUGAGCCAAAGAAGAAGCAGCCCACGGCCGCCGCAGACGCCGCUACCAUUCUUUCAGCAACGCAGAGAAUUGAUCAUGAUCUCCAGAGUUUCGAGACACUCAAUCAGAAAUUGCAGCUCGCGAUAUCCGACUUAUGCCGCCUCAGGAAGCAUUUCCCUGAGGUCAUGAAGUCGCACCUGUACUGGAUUUCCACAAUGCUUCGUCCGCAGUCGACCUAUAAGCCUUCUGCUGGAUACAAGUCAACUGAAAGCAACAACCGCCUGAAAUUGCAGGCCGACAUCGCUCAAGGCUCUUCAACUCUUUGGCAGCAUGCCGCCUCCUUUAGCCCUCCAGCUCCAGUUGCCGGCACCCAGCCCAGGACGCCCGAUCGCGAGGCCGAAGCUCCCCAGACUCCGUACACUCCCUUUGCGAGAUUAGGUAUCUCGAGCGAUGAUUCAUCCUCGGAUUCUGAUGACGACGAGCUCUCUAGGGAGCUGCUGACUUCAGCGUCUGUGGACAAAUACGAUUUGGCAUUGUCACAGUGGUUGGGACUUGUCUGCAGAUUCACCGAAAGCAUCAACAUUCUUGCAGAAACGCACAGAGAAACCAUCAAUCUUGACUCAUCCAAGAUACAGCGGUUGAUCGUCGAACCUCUCUUCCUGGACAGAGAGAUGACGCCGAUCCCGCAGUUCUUGGAGAGCUUUGCCUGUCGUGAUGGAAACCCUCUUUCCAGUGAGGAUCGGCGCAGCAUUGCCUACUUCUUCGAAGAGAUAAGGAAGUGCCCACCACCGGACAAGUUCCCCGGAACCUGGCACGCGGAAACGCAGGCUCUAUGCUUGCACGCACUCGCCAAGAUACCAGUGGAUCAGAUUGUUGACGAGAGGGAGACAGCAGAGUCUCACCAUCAUCACGAACUGGAGCUCCCGAGCCAGGAGAUCCUCAACUUUUUCAAGGAGUUGUCUCACAUUGUGCCCGUCAAUAAACGGUGUUGCCCUGUGUGCACCUACGUGAUGCAGUACGUCGAGAACUUAGACAACCAGAACUUCUUGUUCUCAGGUGCACAUUCGGACUGGGCUGCGACAACACUGCCUUCUUGGACGCCCAAGCGCAUGUUCAACGCAAUCUACAACGCGGUCAUGAAAGAGCUCCAGAUCCGCUUCGAGCAGAUCGUCCUGGUGAACAAUUGUGCUCGAUCUGGCGACAGCGGAGGAACUCGAAGUGUUCAGUCAUCUAGCACUGACGACAAGACGCAGAGCCCUACCCAGCAGCAUGUCAAAGACCGGGAUUCGCGUAAAAAUCCUGGUUUGCUGCAGCUAAACCCUGCGACGGUCCUCCCGGCAACUGAGCAGGCAGCCCCGACUUCGCCUAAGCGCUCGGCAGCCGAGCGGAACGAGCCGGAGUCUCCGUCAAAGAGACGUCAUCUUGAUUAA